AUGUCCGUUACGACCAACCAUCGUCAACAAUUCGAGCAACAGUUCGAGGCCACCUCAGGCGUCACCAAUGCCGUGUGGAUACACAACGACACAUACGCCAACAGAUCUGGACACAAUCUCAAGGCAUUGGAUGGAGACAUCGAGGCCGACGUCUGCAUUGUAGGCUCAGGAAUCGCCGGUGUAUCUAUCGCGUACGAACUCGUGACUCGGGGAAAACAUGUUGUUUUGCUCGAGGCCCGCGAGGUCUUGUCGGGAGAGACGGGACGAACGAGCGGUCACUUGUCCAACGCCCUCGACGAUGGUUAUCUUGAAAUCCAGAAGAAACACGGGAUGGAAGGAGCAAAGGCAGCUGCCGAGAGCCACACUUGGGCUCUGAACUACGUCGGAGAGAUCGCGAGACAGCUGGGCAUUGAUUGCGAGUACCGCCAAGUACCUGCUUACACCAUAUCUCAGUACUCGCGCAGCGACCCAAAGCACGCCGAGGAUUUGGAGGAGAUCAAGAAAGAGGUUCAGCUGGCGCAGCAACUGGGGAUCGACGUCGAGUUUAACGAAGGCCUGCAAAUCGGAGGUUGGUCCUCCGAGUCUGGCAGACCGGAUCAGCGCGACGGUGCAGUUUGGCGCAGUCAAGCAACAUUUCACCCAACAAAGUAUGUCAACGGUGUCCUGGAAUUUCUCUUAAAGCAGCACAACUUUAAGUGCUUCAAGCAGACGAGGGUUAUGUCGAUCAACGAGCCAGGUAUCGAAAUCCUUGGGGUUGGCAACAAGCAUGUUGAGGUCAAGACUCAGCACGGGCACACCGUGAGUUGCGGCUAUGCAGUCGAGGCCACGAAUGUUCCGCUACAAAAGCUCAGCGUUAUCGCCGAGAUGGAGUACGAUCGCACGUACUGCAUCGCCAUUCGGGUGCCCAAAGGUUCCGUCGAAGACUGCCUCAUCUACGAUACGGCCGAGGAAUACAAGUACGUGAGGCUGUCUGGAUGCGACGAGAGUGACGACUAUCUGAUUGUCGGUGGCAUGGAUCACAAAGUCGGCCAGGAAAACACGGCCGGUCGGUUUGAGGAGUUGGAGACGUGGGCAAGAGAACGCUUCCCGCAAGCUGGUGCCGUCGAUUACAGGUGGAGUGGUCAGGUCUUCGAACCUGUGGAUUACAUGGCAUUCAUCGGUCUCAACCAAGCCUGCAAACGCACCUUCAUUGUCACGGGUGACUCGGGGAAUGGUCUGACCCAUGGUGUGAUUGCUGGCAGGCUCAUCGCAGACGAGAUUGAUGGUCAGCACAACAGCUGGGCCGACUUGUACUCACCAAAGCGCAAGAUGUCGAUUAUCAAAUCGGCGACAACAAUGCUGGCGCACGAUAUGCAAAUAAACUCACAGUACAAACGGUUUCUCCAGACGGACAUUACAGAUAUCGAGGAUCUGGUUCCUGGAUCCGGCGGCGUAAUGAACCCGAAGACGCAGAAGCCAAUUGCCGUGUACAAGGACGAGAAUGGCAACAUCACCAAGGUCAGCGCUUUAUGUCCUCAUAUGAAGGGCGUUGUAUGCUGGAACGGGGUAGAGAAGUCAUGGGAUUGUCCUGUCCAUGGUAGCAGGUUUUCCAAAGAUGGAUUGUGUGUUGAAGGCCCUGCCAAGGGCAACCUUGAACCUGUUGCUUGA